CGUGAACUGUCAAAAAAUGUAAACAAAUGUUGUUCAAAACUUUGAUUCUCAAACUAAAUUUUAUUUUUCUACUAAACCAACGCUAAGGCUGUGUUAACUCGUAAGUUUAAGCUUAAUUUACCCCAUCCAACAAAAUGUCCCGCUCCCCGUGGAUCACCGGAACGUUGCUUCUGCUGGCGGUGGUCGUCCCGGCCAGCUUGGAGGCCGAAAUCGACUGCGCGGAUUUGCGGAUGGGUCAGUUCCUGUGUCCGGACCCGGGCCGGAGGGACCACAUCGACCCAAAGACGCAACAGCUGCGGGGCUGCACGAAGGAGGGCAAGGCCAAGGUUUGGUGCCUGGCCGUCGAAGGAAUCGUCUGCAGCGAGACCAAGAACGGGACGUUUACCCGGGAGAUGCCUUGCAAGUGGACCAACGGCUACCACUUUGACACGGCGCUUUUGCUGUCCGUCUUUCUGGGAAUGUUCGGUGUCGACCGGUUCUAUCUGGGUUAUCCAGCGAUCGGCCUGUUGAAGUUCUGCACGCUUGGCUUCAUGUUCCUUGGCCAGCUGGUGGACGUUAUUUUGAUAGCCACGCAGGUCGUAGGGCCAGCGGACGGCUCGGCAUACGUAAUUCCGUUCUACGGUCCCGGUAUCGCGGUCGUCCGAAGCGACAACUGGACCUAUCGAUUACCCCAGGACAAUUGGUGAUCUUUAACGUUAAACGGAAAAGUCGUAAAAUAAAAAGAAUCGAAAAAAAU